AUGUCCUCGACGACGUCGCCAUCGGCGUCAGCGACUUCGUCGGUCGCUGCGGCCACAUCAUCAUCUGCCACAAAGACACUGCAGGCGCCUGCAAACCUCAAGAUCGUUGGCAUUAUCCUGGCAAUUGUCAGCGGCAUCCUUAUCGGGUCAAGCUUUGUGUUGAAGAAGAAAGGCCUGGUGCAGUCACAAAAGGGACAGGUCGCUGGCGAGGGAGUGGCAUAUCUCAAAUCGGCAAUGUGGUGGACCGGAAUGACAAUGAUGAUUUUGGGUGAAAUAUGUAACUUCGCAGCAUAUGCCUUUGUCGAAGCCAUCGUCGUCACUCCCCUCGGCGCCCUAUCCGUGGUCGUCUGCGCCAUACUCUCGUCGUUCUUCCUUCAUGAGAAGCUCAGUUUCUUUGGCUGGCUAGGUUGUAUUCUUUGUAUUCUGGGUUCCGUUGUGAUAGCUCUAAACGGUCCUAGGGAGGCGACUGUGGGCCAAAUUCGAGAAUUCAUGAAACUAUUUAUCGCACCGGGCUUUUUGGCUUACAUCUCCGUCAUCUUCGCCGCGUCGCUCGUCCUCAUCUUCUAUUUCGCUCCCAAAUACGGCCGGAAAUCGAUGUUAUGGUAUAUCAUGAUCUGCAGCAUGAUCGGAGGUAUAAGUGUUAGUGUAACAACGGGUCUUGGCGCUGCCAUUGUACAAACAGCAAUGGGCGAUAAUCAGUUUAAUUUCUGGUUCAUGUACUUCUUAGCUGGAUUCGUGAUUGCUACGUUGCUCACGGAAGUGUAUUACCUCAACGUGGCCCUUGCAUUAUUCAACACAGCCAUGGUUACGCCAACAUACUAUGUUAUAUUUACGUUCUUCUCCAUGGUUACAACGGUGGUUCUGUACAGGGGCCUUCACGCCGGCGCAUCUCAAAUCAUAACGAUUGUGAUGGGUUUCCUAGUCAUUUGUGUUGGCAUUACUAUUCUCCAGAUGUCCAAGGUCGAUCCAGAGCAACUCGGAAAGCUUGACCGCAAGUCGACGAUUCUUCUGCAAGCUGCACGGCAGAGAACUGAAACGGACGAAAAGAGUAUCGCUGGUCAGGAAGAUCCUGGUAUCGACGCUCUGCGGGGAUCUUUUGGAACGGUUGGGAGUAUCAUCCGGGCGAGGAGCGCAAGGAGGCUGAGUCAGAGCAGCAGGAGAACAAGCACGCCCGGGUUUGCUGCAGGAAGCACAGCAUACGAUAUCGAAGCAUCGCACGCCUUCCCCGAUCGCAUAGUGGUGCAAAGUCCGACUGCUGAGCGCGAAGCGCUAGCCGGAAUGACUAGACACCAACUCUAUGACGCACCCGUCCCAAGACCCACCUCAUCCGCUUUGUCUCCGCCUGGUAGCCCUUCAGCCAUUGGCAAACGCCCCACUAUCAAAUUCGAUAGCCAGGAUGUUGUACAUCAGUACUCAAGACCGGGGACCGGAGAUAACUCUGUCAUACAUCAACACCGUGAAGCACCGCAUUCGCCGCUGGGUAACGCCUACCCUCCGUCACCGCAGCCGCUGGGAAUCAAUCCCGACUCCACCUCGGCCGCUGCGGCGGCGUCGAACGUCGACCUCUAUUCAGAUGAUGAUAACGAUGGCCUAACGCUUCCUCUUCUUUCACGUAUAUCAUCAGAGCAUGCUGCGCAUAGUGCACCGCCGCUUAUCAACCAACGCUUACCAAAACGAAUAGAUGCUCGCGAUAUAUUCCACAGCAGCAGUCGGGCGCCCACGCAACUCCCGACCUUCCCUUCACCGGUAGACUCUACGCUGAGCGUCGGAGCCGCCCAGUCGUCGAGGGGCAAUAGCAGUUCUAGUGGGAAGACUGAUCGCGGGAGAUCCCCGAGACGAAAUUACCCACGUGGAGACAAAGAGGAUGACAGAGAUGAGAGUGUCGGCCUAUGGCAGCCAGAAGAAGACGAUGACAUCCCACCACCGGGCGGCGGCAUAAGACUCGUACAACCUACUUCGGGACCAUCUAGCAAGUUCUAG